UCUCACUGUCACCGCCAUUCUCACUCCUCACUUCACUUCACUCUGCCAUUAACCAAAUUCAGUUUUGAUUGAUGCCUACAGAAACACAGAAUUCAUCACAAUCAUGAUCGUCUGCAGAGCUUUGAGGUUCAACUUGGGGACGCCAUCGCCGUUGCCAUUGCCAUUGCCAUUGCCGUCGCCGCUCACGUCCGGCGUCUAUGCCAGACAAGCGGAGUAUUGCCAGACGUCCUCCUCUCUUCCAUUGCGCAGCAAGUGCGUCUCCCUUUCCGCCGCCGAGGGCUUCGACUGGGACUCGAGCGAGUAUUUUGCGAAGAAUUGUAAUUUGAAGAGCAGGAGCGGUGGCUGGGAAGAUGGCGGAGAGGGAGUGGGAGAUGGAGAGAGAGCUGUUCAUUGUGAAGUGAAGGUUAUUUCGUGGAGGGAGCGGCGGAUUCGGGCCGAUAUACUUGUUAAUGCCGCCAUUGAAUCGGUUUGGAAUGCUCUUACUGAUUACGAGCGGCUUGCGGAUUUCAUACCCAAUCUUGUUUCCAGUGGGAGAAUUCCUUGUCCACACCCCGGUCGGAUAUGGUUGGAACAAAGAGGUUUGCAACGGGCAUUGUAUUGGCAUAUUGAAGCUCGAGUUGUCUUGGAUCUUCAAGAGCUUCUAAAUUCUGAUGGUAGUCGUGAACUACACUUUUCAAUGGUUGAUGGGGACUUUAAGAAGUUUGAAGGCAAAUGGUCCAUAAAAGCUGGUACAAGGUCAUCCCCAACAACAUUGUCAUAUGAAGUUAAUGUGAUACCAAGAUUCAAUUUUCCUGCCAUUCUUCUAGAACGAAUAAUCAGAUCAGACCUUCCUGUGAAUCUUCGGGCCUUGGCUUGUAGAGCUGAAGAGAAUUCUGAAGGGGGUCGAAGAGUAGGAACCACUGAAGAUUCAAAGUCCAUGGUUCUCACUAAUACAGUUAAUGGUGCUUCAUGUGAAAAUGAUGAAUUACAGGAAACUUCCAGGAGGAGUAAUUCUAAUUCCAAUUUAGGACCAUUGCCCCCGUUAUCCAAUGAAUUGAAUAGCAACUGGGGAGUUUUUGGAAAAGUUUGCAGACUUGAUAAACGUUGCAUGGUUGAUGAAGUUCAUCUUCGCAGAUUUGAUGGUUUGUUGGAAAAUGGAGGUGUUCAUCGUUGUGUGGUCGCUAGCAUAACAGUUAAAGCUCCUGUUCGUGAAGUAUGGAAUGUUCUGACUGCUUAUGAAAGUCUUCCCGAAGUAGUUCCAAAUCUAGCAAUCAGCAAGAUACUAUCAAGAGAAAGCAACAAAGUUCGCAUUCUUCAGGAAGGAUGCAAGGGUUUGCUGUAUAUGGUUCUGCAUGCCCGUGUAGUUCUGGACUUGUGUGAACAGCUUGAACAAGAGAUUAGCUUUGAACAGGUUGAAGGAGACUUUGACUCGCUCAGCGGAAAGUGGCAUUUUGAGCAGUUAGGAAGUCAUCAUACGCUGUUGAAAUACUCCGUGGAGUCGAGAAUGCACAAGGAUACCUUUCUUUCUGAGGCUCUAAUGGAAGAGGUUGUAUAUGAAGAUCUUCCAUCAAACUUAUGUGCGAUUCGAGACUCCAUCGAGAAAAGGGGUUCGAACAAUUCUUUUGAAGCAUUUGAUGAAGGUAGACAUUCAGAGGAGAAAAGUGCCUCAUAUCAUAAUGAUCAAAUCAAUGGUUAUACGAUGAAGGGUGAGGGAGUUUCAGAUGACAAUGGGAAAAAUUCAUGCAGACCGAAGCCCAAAGUUGCAGGGUUACAAAGAGAUAUUGAAGUUCUGAAAGCAGAGGUGCUCAAGUUUAUUUCAGAACAUGGGCAGGAAGGAUUUAUGCCAAUGAGAAAGCAACUUCGCAUGCAUGGAAGGGUAGAUAUUGAAAAGGCCAUCACACGCAUGGGUGGAUUCAGAAGGAUUGCAUCAAUUAUGAAUCUUUCUCUGGCUUAUAAGCACCGCAAGCCCAAGGGUUAUUGGGACAAAUUUGACAAUUUGCAGGAAGAGAUAAAUCGGUUCCAGACGAGCUGGGGAAUGGAUCCAUCAUACAUGCCCAGUAGGAAGUCCUUUGAACGUGCAGGGCGGUACGACAUCGCUCGGGCACUCGAGAAAUGGGGCGGCCUACACGAAGUCUCUCGUCUUUUGUCACUAAAAGUGAGACACCCUAAUAGACAGCCAAGCUUUGCCAAAGAUAGAAAGAAUGAUUCUUUAGCUUUUAAUGGUCAUGAUGCUGAAAAUAAGACUGCAUCUAGGCCCUAUAUUUCUCAGGAUACUGAAAAAUGGCUUUCAGGACUAAAAUAUUUGGAUAUUAAUUGGGUUGAGUAGUGUAAAUAUACAAAGCUACAAAAUGUAUAUAUAUUCAACAGAAUUUCUAUUGGUCGACCAUUUUUAUGGUUCAUAGAAAAUGUUUUUCCAAAUUGUGAAAAUAGUAGACUUUACUUUU